CGACCUGUGAAGUUUUGCAACGAUUUAUGGCAUUAUUAUUUAGAUCUAUAGCUUGAAAUGAGGGAUUUUCCCUUCUGUUCGCCAGAAGCGGUCGACCUUUUCAUAUUCGUGGUCGACCGCAUCAGGCUUUCAUUCGAUUUUUUCAUUUGGUGUAUAGACUGAGGUCGACCUAUGAUGAUAUUGAGGUCGACCUGUGAAGUUUUGCAACGAUUUAUGGCCUUAUUAUUUAGAUCUAUAGCUUGAAAAGAGGGAUUUUCCCUUCUGUUCGCCAGAAGCGGUCGACCUUUUCAUAUUCGUGGUCGACCGCAUCUGGCUUUCAUUCGAUUUUUUCUUUUGGUGUAUAGACUGAGGUCAACCUAUGAUGAUAUUGAGGUCGACCUGUGAAGUUUUGCAACGAUUUAUGGCCUUAUUAUUUUGACCUAUAGCUUGAAAAGAGGGAUUUUCCCUUCUGUUCGCCAGAAGCGGUCGACCUUUUCAUAUUCGUGGUCGACCGCAUUUGGCUUUCAUUCGAUUUUUUCUUUUGGUGUAUAGACUGAGGUCGACCUAUGAUGAUAUUGAGGUCGACCUGUGAAGUUUUGCAACGAUUUAUGGCCUUAUUAUUUUGAUCUGUAGCUUGAAAAGAGGGAUUUUCCCUUCUAUUCGCCAGAAGCGGUCGACCUUUUCAUAUUCGUGGUCGACCGCAUCUGGCUUUCAUUAGAUUUUUUCUUUUGGUGUAUAGACUGAGGUCGACCUGUGAUGAUAUUGAGGUCGACCUAUGAAGUCAAAAGUUCGAGUUGUGCCAUUGUAUUUGAAUUAUUUGUGCGAAACUAACAUUGGUCGACCUCUUCUAAUUAUGAGGUCGACCGGAUCUGUUUUGCACUCAAUUGGUACGAGCAUUUGGGCCAUUUCGGGCUCGUUUCAAUUUAGCCGAGGUCGACCUAUGAUGCUUUUGAGGUCGACCUAUGAAGGCAAAAGUUCGAGUUGUGCCAUUGUCUUUGAAUUAUUUGUGCGAAACUAACAUUGGUCGACCUCUUCUAAUUAUGAGGUCGACCGGAUCUGUUUUGCACUCAAUUGGUACGAGCAUUUGGGCCAUUUCGGGCUCGUUUCAAUUUAGCCGAGGUCGACCUAUGAUGCUUCUGAGGUCGACCUAUGAAGGCAAAAGUUCGAGUUAUUUGUGCUAAACUUGUUGAGGUAGACCUGUGAUGAUAUUGAGGUCGACCUCGGGCCAUUUAAAUCGAUUGAAAGCCAAAUGUUCAUGGGGAGUGCAGUGCAGGACAUUAGGCCACCUUGUAAUGCACUCGAAGACACAAACAUCUGCUGCCUUCACUGAGUUCUCCUUUGCUUGUCGGUGACCGGCAUAGGGUUGCAAAGGAUAACUCGGUGAAGGCAGCAGACGUUUGUGUCUUCGAGUGCAUUCCAAGGUGGUCUAAUGUCCUGAACUGCACUCCUGAUGAAAGUCACAUCUGGUUUUCAAUCGAUUUAAAUUUUCCGAGGUCGACCUAUGCUUCUUCUGAGGUCGACCUAUGAAAGCAAUUUUGUACUUGAAUUGUUACGGGUUUAUGUCGACCCAUUCUCGUUUUAACUUAACUGAGGUCGACCUAUGCUUCUUCUGAGGUCAACCCAUUCUCGUUUUAAACUAACUGAGAUCGACCUAUGAUUCUUUUGAGGUCGACCCAUUCUCGUUUUAAAUUAACUGAGGUCGACCGCUUUAUGGAGUGGUCGACCGCGUAUUGUUCAUUUCGAAAAUGUGACUAACGUGUAUUCUUGCUUGUUUGAUCGCAGGAUGUUUGCCGGCAAAAAGAAAAGAAAGGCACAAAAAGCUGCUGCCUCAAGUUCGGAAUGGGAAGAGUUCAAUCCCAAUCUGUUCCAGACCAAGGUGCAAAGUGAGAACUAUGAAGAGAAGAGAAUGCACAACCGCAGGGUGGCUCCGGGAAGGCCAUUGACGACGGAUGCGUAUUCUCAUUUCGAGAAUUACGGGUUUCUGGGACCCUUCAUCGAGCAGGAGUGGCUGAAGGUGAUAUCAAUCAAUGUACCAUACUACCCAAAACUGGUACAAUACUUCUACAACAACAUCGUCUACGAGCGCAAUGCUAAUGGAUCCAUUCACGCAUUCAAAUCCCAUGUGAAUGGGGUGGCGAUGCGCAUCAGCAAGAAUGUGUUGGCGCUAGUACUUGAGGCUCCAAACGAGGGGAAGAGAAUCAAUUCUUACGGUGCUUGGAAUGAAACGCAUUUCACGAGAGCCAAGCAAAUCCAGACGGUAUGUGGUCUUGGUGAAGAGGAAGAUGCUCAGGGGCGCAAUAGGCCAACGAGUAACCACCUGACAGUUCAAGCCAGAGUUCUUCACCACAUGCUUUCCUACAACAUUCUGCCAAAGGGUGGACAUCGGGAGACAGUCACCUACUUCGACAUGGAGCUCCUCACCAACCUACUGUUAAACGAGAAGGUGAACUUGCCAUACUUGAUCUUUAACCACAUGCUUACUGCUGCAGAGAGUUCAAACAGGAAUCUUCCCUAUGGGAUGAUCCUCACUGUGAUAUUUGAGCAUUUUAAUGUGAAUUUAAGUGAAGAGGUGGGGUUAAGAAUCUCAAGGCAGGAGUUCUAUACUGUUUCAUCUCUGAAAAAGAUGGGAUUUGAGCUGCGCAAUGGUGAGUAUGUCAGAGUAAACAAUGCUCGUGGUGAUGAUGAUGAUGAGGAUGAUGAGGGUGAUGAAGGAGCUCGAGACGAGCCAAUGGCGGAGGCACAGAGUUCAACUCUACCGAUCACCUUACAGCGUGUGUGGGAGCGCAUGGAUGGCAUGUACGAGUACAUGGGCCAGAUGUCCACCCAGAUGACUGGCAUGCACGACUACAUGGGGCAAAUGACCGCCCAGACGAGCACAAUGCAGGUGACCGUGAAUGAGAUGCGAGAUGAGUGGCGAUCUUUCAGCGGAAGAUACAUGCAUCCCACCACAUCCGACCACCAUCAUGCUAGCACCACCAAUGAAGAAAAUGUGGAUGAGAGAGAGGGGGGAGAUGAGUAGGAGAAAUGAGAUUUUAUAUUGUGUGUUUUAGUGGUCAAAACGAUUGUUGAUUGUUAUUCUGUUGUUUUUUUAGUUUUAUUUUUAUGUGUGAACAAUUAUGAUUUCUGUUUUAUUUUUAGUUGUUAUGCUAUGAAUUGAUGAGUCAUUGUUAUAAUUAUUUAUGACUAAUUAUCAUGGUUUGAAACAUAAUUUAUAUGAUUAAAAGAACCACACAAAUCGACAUACAUAAGCAAAAAAGACACGGGGCAUAGGGUGACUUUCUUGUAUUCGGUCGACCUCGUACCGGAUUAGGUCGACCGCGAAACCAACACUUGAUCUUGAUUUUACGUCAAAUAAUUGGACACUUUGAUAGAACACUUAUCUUCUAUCUGGUCGACCUCUUUCCUUAUCCGGUCGACCAUUUUGUUAAUGAUUGCCAUCAAGUGGUCGACCUAUAUACCUUAGGUGGUCGACCAUGUUGUUUCUGACGCCAAUGAAAUGGCCGACCCAGGUUUUAUUCUGGUCGACCAAAAAUAACAACUUAAACUAAGUGCGGUCGACCAGGUGGUCGUUGAGGUCGACCGCAAUGCUUUCUCGUGCUGCCCAAAUUAGUCAAUUCGGUCGACCGCCUUCAGCAAUAGGUCGACCGAAAAGUGCAUGUCACCGUGACAUGCAUGUCAUAGUAGGCAUACCCUAAAAUUUUAAUCUUAAGAAAAAGUGGAUCGCAGUUUGUGGUUGGCCCUUUUUUGGCUGGCUAGCGCUGCAUAAUCUGCCGGAAUUGCAAUGUGUGAGGAACAUAUUCCCUGAUCGACAUUGCGCCCUAUUCCGCCAUUCUUUAUUCGGAGCAGAUCCGGUUAAUAAACUUCUGGUCAAUAAUUAUGGAUAACCCAAUCACCAUUUCUCACAUAAUGCCUCUUUUCUCUCUUGAAAAGUCUUUAAUUUUUCUCCUCUUAAUAAUUAACGGAUGAUUUCUUACUCGUUUUAAGUCAAAUUUUUUUUUUGCACGGCUAGAUCAGAUAAAUUAUGCUUUUCAAAAUGAUAUCCACUUUGGUAUAUUUUUGGAACAAAAAAAAUUGAGUCAACUUUUACCUGUAUAUACCAUAUGAUAUUAACUGGUAUUGAAAUAAGAGAAUACCUAUGGUUGAAAAACGUACCAUGGUGGUAUGAACAAACCAAGACUAUAGGAUUGUUGAAUACAUGAUAGUAGAAGUAUAUUAAUUGUCAUUUAUGACUUUUAUCAUUGUGUACCACAAGAUACCACCCCGUACCAUGGUGGUAUUGUGUGGUAUUUUUUUGUCAUGUAUUUUGUUCACCCAGAAAUUUGUAGAUUCAAUAGAUCAUGAUGAACUCGUUCCUUCUGUACAAAAAUUUUAAAAAACGAAUUAAAAACGAAGAGGCAAGAAAUUUUUUUUCCUAAAAAAAUAUUGAAAAUGGAUAUCGUUUUGUAGAGCACAACGAACUCGUUCCGUCUGUGCAAGAAAAAUUGAAAUUCGAGUUAAAACGAAGAAGAUAUGAGCCGAUUAAGAAAACAAGAUAAAAUAAAAUGACCUUAAUUCUCUAUCCUUAGAUCAGAAUUUACUGAAUGAAGUGUUUAGAUUUAG